CGAGUUAUCUUCCAAGGACCUCAAGGGUCAUCUCAAGGCAGUCGCGAGCGGUGAACUUACGGCGAAUAACAGUUCGGAAUAUGUCAGGUGUUGACAGUGUAACGGCAACGUCUCCGACCCCGAGCUACGACUUUCGAAGUGAUACUGUAACUACGCCAACUGCGUCAAUUCUUGCAUCGCUUUCUGGUUACCCUGUCGGAGAUGAUGUCUAUCAUGAAGAUUCCACGACUGGCGAGCUUGAGAAAUUCGUCGCCGAUCUGACAGGGAAAGAGUCAGCCCUUUUUGUACCUACAGGUACCAUGGGCAAUCAGCUCUGUAUACGGACAUGGUUAACUCAACCACCACACUCCGUUCUUUGUGAUCAUCGGGCUCAUGUGUACGCAUGGGAAGCCGGAGCUAUGGCUAUGCUCAGUCAAGCGAUGGUAAGCCCAGUGACACCCUCAAACGGGGUGUAUCUCAGAGCAGAAGAUGUUGAAGCCAGCCUCGUCCUUGGCGAUGAUAUCCAUACUGCGCCUACAAAGGUGAUCUCCUUGGAGAAUACACUUGGAGGAACCAUCAUGCCCCUAUCCGCGAUUCAGCGUAUUGCUGGAUUAUCAAAGGCUGAAGGAAUCAAGCUUCACUUAGAUGGUGCUAGGUUGUGGGAAGCCAGUGCCGCUACUGGCAUCGCUAUGGCCUCUUACGGAUCGUACUUUGACUCCAUGUCACUUUGCCUCUCCAAAGGAAUUGGCGCUCCCAUGGGCAGUGUUAUCGUAGGACCUGCAGAUUUCAUCAAAAAGGCACGGUGGUUCAGGAAAGCAAUGGGCGGAGGAAUGCGGCAGACAGGGAUCAUGGCAGGUGCAGCUCGGACUGCCAUUGAAGAAGUCUUCUUCGGCGGUAAGCUUAGGGAGGUACAUGCUCGGACGAAGCAACUGGCUGGUGAACUCAUGGACCUUGGAUAUACUUUUCAGCUUCCUGUGCAGACCAAUAUGAUCUGGAUAGACCUGGCGGCUGCGGGUGUUCAGCCGUCAGCUUUCGCACUCGCUGCCGAGAAGGCUGGCCUAAGGGUCGGUGGUGGUAGGAUUGUUCUUCAUCAUCAGAUUGUCCCUAGUGCUAUUGAAAGGCUGAAAACGGUGUUGAAGGAGUUAAAAGAGCAAAGCCCUGCCGAACCCUUGGAAAGGGAUUAUGUAGCGAGUAAAGGAGCUAGUGUGCCCUACGGGUCGUACGGCAAGACGUAGACAACCUAGUUCUUGU